UGUACUUUCAACAUUCACAAGUUGAACGCCAGUAACAAGUUUAAUUUCUGUGGCUCUAUUUGUUUUUGCGUUGUUUUCUUCCUCCUCAUCAUGUCCAAUGAUGAACUUGCUUCUAACGAUGAAAUUAAGGAAUUUAAAGAAGAAGGUGAAGAGGAUAAACUUGCCUCGGAAACUUUACACUCAUCAUUAAAGAAUAAUUUAAUUGAAUCGUUUAAGUUUGUGCCUUACCAUGGGAAUCCCUCGCCAUACACUUCACCUCCAUUGGAUUUACUUCACCAUCCACCACCACCGGCUCACAUGGGUGGAUAUUUGUCCAUGGACUUGCAAUCAACUAAGAAUAUUUCCAUGAGGAUUCCACCGCCAUGGCAUCCAAUGGGACUUCCACCGCCUUUCCCUCCAUACUUUCAUCCAUCUCCAACCGGGAUUUAUCAAAAUAAUUUUCGUUAUGGACAUUUUUUACCUCCCUCAAUUACCCACCAUCACCAUUUCCAUCCAAUUUUUCAAUCUUCUCACCAUCAUCAUAUACCGACACCUUCACCAACCUCACAACCACCACCACUACCACCACCGCCACCUGAUACAACACAAUUCAACCAACUUUCAUCCUCAUCUAGUAAUUUAUCAUCGUCAUCGCUUCAUCAUGUGAAAAAACCUCUGAAUGCUUUUAUGUUGUUUAUGAAAGAAAACCGUGCCGAAGUGGCCGCUGAAAGUGCUAAAAAAGAGUCAGCAACGAUAAACCAAAUUUUAGGGAAAAUGUGGCAUGCAUUAACUCCAGAAGAGCAACAAAAAUAUUAUGAAAAAGCUAGGUCUGCAAGGGAUGUGCAUCGAGAACUUUAUCCGUGUUGGACUGCCAAAGAUAAUUAUUCAGCAAACAAUAAGAAGAAGAAAAAGAGAGAAAAAUCUCGAGCUGAAGGAGCUUUGAAAAAGUGUAGAGCGACUUUUGGUCUUGACGAUCAAUCAAGUUGGUGCAAACCGUGUAGAAGAAAAAAGAAAUGUAUAAGAUUUUCAUUAAAUGAACAACGAGUUGAUUAAAAUGGAGCUUUUUACAUCUAGUGUGAAUAAAUUAAUAUUGAGAAAAUCAAA